AUGCCAGAAACCUCCAGUUCACAGUCGAAUACUGGGAAGAUCUCCAAGGGUCCUGGGAUGAUCCUAAUAUCCUCCUCACCUUCAAUGUCCACCAGUUCUACACUAACGAGUACAACCAACUCAUCAAUGUAUGAACUCUUGAACAGUAUGACAGAAAUGCCGCUGAUAGAACAGAGUGGAGAAGAACCACCUCCAAAGGGGCCAACGACCCUUUCCUCCCUACUUGGAGAUCCAAUCAAGGAGGUGGACCAGCCACAAUCAGAAGAACUGACACAGGAGGACAUCAAGGAGAUGAAUCCUGAGACCUAUUGGGAGGCACCAGACCUAUACCUCUCGCUGAGGACUCUUCCAAAACCACUCCAAGAGAGGUAUGGGAAGUCCACACUGAGUCAGACAUUCCCUCGCAAAACUCAUACCACGAGGGAGAUAUCUCCAGUUGGAGUACCGACUCUACCGAUGGGACAGAAGUCCUCUGGCCUGAAUCCGAAACCUCCCCAAGAAGAUCUGCUCACCUCUGUCUCUGGAUACAUCAAAUCACUCUCCAAAUCGCUCAUUGAAUCCACAAAUGGAUCAGGAGAGAAAGAGGAGUGGCCGAGGAAAAAAGGAUACUGGAUUGAGGAUCACUCUUUCCAAUGGAUUACUGGAUCACCCCUGAGGAGGGAUCCUGGGACUUACCCCCUAUGGUCUCCAGUUCAACCAUUGAUAACACCUGGCACUCGAAGGCUGGAGACAGAUGGGAUUCCCCCUGGCUGA